AUGACAGCGGCCCUCCCAACCGAGCCACCACCCCAUGAGCUGGCGGAGCGCGCGCUGCCGUACCUCGUAUCGGCCGUAUCGCGCGCGGCGCCAAACGGACCGUCGGCGCUCCUCCCGCCCCUCUCGCUCGCCUUGUCGACGCUCGCGCGCGCCCGGCUGGCGGGCCAGCGCCUCUCGUCCCCCCUGGCGCCGCUACACGCCUUCGUGUCCCUCGCGACCGAGGACCCCGCCGCGGUCCCCCUCUCACUCGCGUACGACGCGCUGCUCGCCUACCCCGCUGACAGCGCGGCGCUCUCCCCGGCCCUCGACGCCGUCCUCUCCGCCCACUUGGACGAGACGGCCACCCUCGUGCCCGCGCUCACUCGGCGCCUGUCGUCCGCCAGCAAGCCGCUCGAGCUCCUGGCGCCUGCGCGCCUCGCCCACGCGCUCCUCCGCGCCAGCGACGCCCUGGCCGCCCUGCUGCUCGAGCACGCCGACGACCUCGUGCCCGCCAUCAGCGCGGCGUACGCCCGCCUCGGCGGGGGAAGGGACGACGUGCGCGCCAAGUCGGAGGCACUGCUCCUUGUCCGUGCGAUUGCAGGCCUCAUGGGCCGCGGGGCUGCGUCUGCCGCGCUCGUCCGGCUCAUGGGCGACGCUGGAGUUAAGGGCACGGCGCUGGUCAACCAGAGCCUGAGGGACGACUAUGCGCUCUUCACCACUGGCGACGUGGACGCGGAUGUGCGCGCCGUACUCAAGGCGCUCCAGGACGACGAGCGUGCCGACGAUCCCCGCAUCGCGCCCCUCCAGGACGUGUUCCCCACGCUGCCGGCGCACCUGCUCGUCGACGCGCUCCACCACCCCGCGUUCGCGGCGUCAGGCAGCAGCGCCCGCACGCCAAAGGAGCAGGCUGCGCCCCUCAUCGACGCGAUCCUCGGGUCCGCGCUGCCGCCCGAGCUGGGCGAGCUGGCGGCUGCCGUGCGUGCGGCGGGUGCGGGAAGAGCAGCGGAUGCGCGGGAGAAGGUCGAGCGCCGGAACAUCUGGAACGAGGAGCUCGAUCUCUCGCGCAUGCGCCUCAAGGGGCAGACGGAUCCCGUUGUUGGGAAGGAGAUCCCCGACAACCUCCGCGCGUCGAUCCUCCGCCUUGUCGACCAGCAGGCCGAGGAGGCCGAGGAGGCCGCGCGCGCUGUCGCCGAGGCGCGGGGACUGGGUCUGGCACCCAAGCCGCGGCGGCUGUACCUCGGCGACGACGAGGACGAUAUCGACAGCGAUGUUGGUCCGACCGUGCGCCUGGCUGCAGACGGAGAAGAGAGCGGGGACGAGAGCGAUGACGGCGAGCACUUGGACGGGGCGCUCGACGGACGGCCGGCAGGCAACGACGUCCAGCUCCACCUCGAGCUCGCGUACAUUCGCAACCCGGCCGUCUUUGGGCGCGACGCAGCGACCCGCAGGUCGGCCGCGCGCAAAGAGCUGCGCGACGCAACGGGGUACGACGACGGCCAGCUCGAGGGCUGGAAGAUUAUGCUCGACCGGAAUCCGCAUAAGGAGGCCAUUCUCGAGCGGCACCAGUUCUCGCGCGAGCCGGCAAAGGACAAGCCAAAGCCCAAGAAGGACAAGGCUGGCGGCGGCGGUAGUGGGCCGAAUGACUCGGGGUCCAAUGCGUCGGGCAGCACGCGCGGAGGAGGGCGUGGUGGACGCGGUGGACGAGGAGGGAACAAGGGCAGUCGGGGCCACUCGAACGCCGCGCGUACCCGUGGACACGACAAGAAGAUGACGCGCAUGGGCGCGGGGCUGUAG